UAAUAUAUAUCCUACCAAGAUGGAUAGGCGCGUAAUCGUACUUAUUUUGUGUGGUUUUUGCUUCAGCCUGAGCGGAGCUUCGACGUGUGUAGCAAAUUCAGAAUUCAAGAUGGACUGCAAUUCUUGUGUAUGUAGUCCAGAUGGGAAACAGUAUACUUGUACCUCUUAUAAAUGCUCACCUAAGAAAUAUGACAAUUUCUAUUUGACUGAAACCAAAGAUGGUCAUGUUCUUUUAGUACCCAAGACUGAUGAUCCUAACUUUAAAGUUAGAAAUGAUGAAGGAUUAAACAAACCAAGAAAAGUUCGUAUUCCCGAGGAGAUAGAGGAUGUCGAUAAUAGCGAACAAUUGGAUGUAGAAGAAAUACAACCAAAUGAUUCCGAUGAACAAGAACAAAGUGAUUUUAUUGAUACCGUUGAUGAUGAAAUAGAAAGCAAUGAAAUUAAUCAGGGCAAAUGGAGACGAUUUACACCAAGGCCGUCACUGAAAUUUCCCGAAUAACUUACUAAAAAAAUUAGAUUUUUUAACACUGCGUGAAUUUUCAGGGACAAAGGAUAUUCAAAUGAUUCCUAAUACUAAUUGUUUGAAUAUUUUAUUAUAUCUAUUUAAUAAUCUUUUUCCUUUGCUAGUAUGACUUUUCCAUGUUUUCCAAUUUGUGUUUUGUAUUCAUGAUCUUAACAGGAGCUAAAAUAGUUGUUUUUGUCCUGGUUGAUGGUCCUAAUAUAGGUUCAUCUAUGUUUUCAAAUAACCCCAUAGAUGAACCGGAUCAACUUUCCUUAUCAUUGUCACGUUGUGUUAUAAACAAACCAAUUUUGAUUGAAAUCUUACUUUUAUUACUUAAUUUAAUUUUUAUACUUUAUGAAGUUAACAUUUUGUUUUUUACACGAUUUGUUACAAAUAUUUAGAUUUGUUUGAGUGUAAUAUAUUUUAUCUAUCCUUU